UGCGCCAGAGGGCGCUGUGGUGCAGUGACCGACUCAUUGCGCUCUCGUGGUGCUGUCAGCAAUCUGCUUAGAGAAGCUAUGGCAAAUCGACAUGAAGUUCAUUUCUGUAACGUGAUGUGUGUUUAAUCUAGAGUCAGGAUUGUUUCUUUAGACAUGUCUUUCUGGAACCAGUUGUGUGACCACGGAGAGGAGGAUAGAAACUGAACAUCGCCCUCUGCUGGUCAACUCGUACAGCACAGUUUGAGUUUAACGUCAAAUAACUGCCACUGUUAUCAAGUCAAGUCAAGAAGCUUUUAUUGUCAUUUCAGCCAUAUAUAGCUGUUACAGUACACAGUGAAAUAAGACAACAUUCCUCCAGGAUCAUGGUGCUACAUAGAACAAAGACAGAGCUAAGAAGGGCUUAAGUUGGUCCUAGUCACAUAAAGUGCAUCUGUGCAAAUUGGUGCAAACAGUGCAGGACAAGACAGAAAGACAGUGCAGGACAAAAGACACAGAGGCGGUGCACGACACAGAGAAGGUGCAGGACAAAAGACAAAAAGACAGUCUGAUCAUUUUUUUUCACGUUAAUGGGUAUAGUAUAUAUAUUAAUAAUAUGCACACAUCAAACAACACUACUGUUCAACCACAGCGUUAGUAUUUUGCAGGUUGGUAUCACCUCAUGUUUACAUGCAUUCUUUAGUAACAAGCCUUUAUGAGGUUAAAAUUCUCAGUGAGACCCAGCAUGAAACACAGCUCUUAUCUAAACGUCUUUGUUCAUGCUAGCUGGUCUGAGUGAUGACAUGCCACAAUGUACAUUGCCUAACUAAUGUUUUCUCUCCUCUCUUUUCACCAUAUUACCCCACAAUUCUGCUAAAUCAAAUUAAAAAGUCUUAAACUGAACUUAUAAGCUUAUAAACUCAACAUAUAAGCUGUUUCAGGAAACUUAAACAAUUCACACCUUCAAGUAUGAAUAGACAACUUCUUAUUUCCUGAUUCUGAUGACAUUUCACUAACACUUUUUGCUGUGAAAGUGUGUGAGAGACUCACUUUGGUCUUGCUGCUAUUGGACACGCAUCACUAUGGGAAGAGCCAUCUUGUUUUGCAGGUCCUCACUGCUGAUCUUCACCCUGUUUUUCAGUGGCAUUGUUUCAGACAGUGGCUCUGUCAUCAGGAAACAGGGUUUUUCAGUAGUGUGGAACAUGCCUACUUCAAAAUGCCAGCGUGUGUUUGACGUUUCACUGCCCCUGCGCCAGCAUGGCAUCAUAUACAAUGCAGAACAGAGAUUCAAAGGUGAAAACAUAAGUCUUUUUUAUGAAUGCCAACUUGGUUUGUAUCCAUAUAUCAGUCGUGAGGGCUUGAGUGUGAAUGGCGGGGUUCCUCAGAAGGGCAAUCUUGGCAGACACCUUGCACUAUCAGAGGAACAGAUCCGAGGGCUUCUACAGAAUAGUUUCAGCGGGUUGGCUGUGGUGGACUGGGAGAAGUGGGAUCCUCAAUGGAUCCGCAACUACGGAACCCGACACGCCUACAUUGAUCUGUCUAAGCAACUGGUAAGAGAGAAGCAUCCAGAUAUGUCUGAGGAGGAAGUAACAUCAUUGGCAAUGACUGAGUUUGAGAAAGCGGCACGGUCCUACAUGGAAGAAACGCUGAAACUCGGAGUUGAGGCUCGUCCCAAGGGAUUGUGGGGGUUUUAUGGAUACCCUGGUUGCUAUAAUGACCAGAGGACAGUAGAUAGUGAGUACACUGGGCAGUGCAAACCUAGAGCAGUGGCACUGAAUGACAGAUUGUCAUUUUUAUGGCAGCAGUCCACAGCACUCUACCCAAGUGUGUAUGUGCACCUCAAUCUAGCGGGACACCCAAACACACGACUUAUGGUAAGACACCGUGUGUUAGAGGCAUUCCGAGUGGCAUCACAGCAUGGACGUGGAUCUCCACAACUUCCUGUUCUACCUUAUGCUAGAGUGGCUUUUACCAGAACACUGACGUUCUUAAACCAGACUGAUCUGGAGAACACACUUGGUGAGGUUGCAUCUUUAGGUGCGACGGGUGUAGUGUUAUGGGGUGAAAUGGCGUUUGCCAAGUCCAAGCAACAGUGUGUUCUUCUUCGGGACUAUAUCCGCUCCGUGUUGGGUGUGUACGUGGACGCUCUGCAUCGGGGUGUGGCACAUUGCAGCAAGAGUAUGUGCAGUGCAAAAGGUCGCUGUGUGAGACGCAACCCUCAUUCCGGUCACAUGAUUGCUCAGCUCGACACUAGCAGAAAAUUUGACCAUGAUCUUAGGGCAAACUUCAAAUGUGUGUGUUUUGAAGGAUGGAGUGGAGAGAGGUGUGAGAACUUCAUGGAUGUGAAGUGAACCCAGUGCUUGUGCCACUUCAAUGUCCUUUCUUAAAUUUUGAAUUCUGAAAGAUGUAAUUUUACAUAGUGUAAUAAAUCAGUUCCAGCGCAA